GGUUGUUCUUGUGGCAGGUGUGCAGUUUGCUCCUCUCUCUGCCUCCCUGCUCCUUCACCUCUCCCUGCUGCUGGAGGCCAUUCGUGGAUGCUCCAAGAUGAUUUAAUGGUAAGAUCAGAGGGGUAAGGGUUCUGUGCUCGUGGUGUUUGCUGCUUUAGCUGCCUCCAGUGCUGCUGGGAGGCCUCAGCAGGAGUUAAGCACCUAAAAAAAGGUGUCCCCCUUUCAGGAGUGUGGGCAGCCCUUGCCAAGUUACUGGCUGCUGGUUACCCUGCCUCCCAUGCACACUUUGGUCAUUCUUUGAUGGGUUUGAAUACCUUGGGAGUAAAGGGGUUAAUUUGGGGGGAGAAUUGGCACAAAAACAAAAUCCUGUACUUUCAAGGGAUUUUGUAGAUAAGCUGGAAGAGGGAUUUUUGAUAUGAUUUGAAGCAAUUCUUGCUUAACUGAUUCAUUUGUCAAACUGAAGAUGUGUGUGAUGGGACAAUGCCAAAAAGCAGUUCCAGGCAGAUCUUGGCUGACAAGGUUCAUGUCUCUCAUGCUUCUACUUGUGCAAAAUUUUGAGCUUCCAGUUCCAAUCUUAUGAGAAUUCCCUACAAACCCUUGACUGCAAGUUGAUUUACUGGAGACUCUGACUCUGUAAGCAGCAUCUGUUCCUUGGGAAGCUCAGUUAAUAUUUCUGCCACGUGGCAUUUCCCAGCAAGGGCUGAAGAGCCCCAGAGAUCCAAGAGAGGCAGAAACAGAGUGAAGCUCAGGAGUGCAUGGAUGUGAGUGACUCUGGGAUGUGCCAGUGCCUCCCUGCCCUUCCUUGGGCACCAGCUGCUCUCCUUUCCCCAGCACAGAGGAGACACCUCCAUCCCUGGUUCCUCUAGAUAUUGUUGGAAUGUAACUGUAGAGAAAAAUGUUCAUUUCUAGCAACUCAUUUGUGGACUUUUAAUGAUACUUGGAUUUCUGGAAAUGGUACAACAUGACUUCAGCUGGGAAUGAGAUAGAAAGAUGGACUCACAGGCAAGGUGGCAGAGCUGGGAAGCUGGUGGAGCCUGUGGCCUCUCCUGAAAAUGAUCAUCUUUUGUCAGUGAAGUUGGUCAGCAGCAUGGAGCAUCCCUUGCACCUCCCUGGAAGGGCAGACUCUGCUUACAGCUCUUUCUCAGGAGGAUCAAACAUCCCAGAGAACCCCACACCAUCGUGCCAAGGUGAUUAUUUGUGUGUGCCUCCAGAGCAGGCCCCGUACAUGGACUCAGAAUAUGUGACAGGAAUUUAUAACCUCAGUGCUGCCCACCCUGCCCUCAGAUCCCCCCAGGCACGCAAGGCACCAGAGCUGAGCGUCCCCAACAGCUCCCACAGCUGUGGAGUGACUCCUGCACAAAGGACUUCAAAUCAGGGCCCUGCAGCCCUGGCAGCUCCUCUGCUGUCCCCUCCCAGGUGCCCCAAGAGCUGCAACAUCACUACCAGGCCCUUGGACACGCCAAGAGAGAGAAAAGGCUCUGCAGAGCCCAAUGAGGGCAGCAGGCAGCCAGCCCCUGGAGUGCAGCACAGGGAGGGGCCAUGGGGCCAACACUGGGAUGCACUCACAGAGCAGGGUGUAGGGCCUCCUAGGGAAAAGCCUCUGGAAAACCAGGGCCUUUCUUCUGAUUUCACAAAGGUAUCAAAAUUUCAGCCAUUAAAGACAGAGGAAAACGGAGAGUGGAUCCCAUCACAACAACCUACAAAGAGAAGCAAACACAUUUUCAGGAGACCUUCUUCAUUCAUUUUUCAAGAAUAUUUAAAGACAGACUCUGUGGUGAAUGUCCCCAAAAUUCUUUCUGAAUUUAAUUCAGGUCAUGGUAACAAAAUUCCCAAAGAGAUGAACUCCAAAUCCUAUCACCAAGCACAUUCCAAGCCCAGUGCUGUUAAUGAUACACAGCAAGUCAAACAGUGUCCCAGGGGUGUGUGUAGGGCAGGUGCCAGAGAAGCAGCUCUGCCAAGCACUGUGCCAGGGCCCAGCCAGAGGAAAGAGUCCCUGCCCUGUGCUCAGGGCCCACUCCACACUGAGUGGGAUUCAGACAUGGAUCAGGAUGUGUUUGAGGACAGCUCGGAAUUAAAAUACGUGGAGAAUGCUCUUCUAAAUAAAAAUGCUCCCAGGAAGCUGAACAGUUAUGCAGACAAAAAUCAGUGUUAUGAUUCUGAAGGAAAAAUUAUGAGCAAUAUUAGGGAACCAGUCCCAAACCAGCAAAACAAAGUGCAGAGAUCAUCACUGUCCUGCAGCUGCAGUGCUGUGGAAGAGGAGCACCCUCAGUGUGAGGAGCUGGAGCAGGGAAGGAAGCAAUGCUGUGAUGAUGGCACAAGCCAAAUGGCUUCUUUCAGACCAAAGGAAGAGUCCACAUCUCAGUCAUUACGUGAAGUGCAGAAAGGAAAGCAGGGUAACAACAGCAGUCCUGACCUCAGCACGUGUCUGGAGCAAGAGGAACCUCCUGUUCAGAAACUCCAGACUGUAUUUCAAACACAGCUCUCAAGACAGCUCUGGGAGGACCAUGCUGGGGAACAAAUAACCAGGCAGGCAACUCCCAUGCUUUACUAUCUGUCUGCAGGGAGAACCACCAGUGUCCUGCACCCCAGCAAGGACUCAAGGAGCUCACCAAAAGAAAUUCCAACUAGCAGCUAUGCUGCCUCAGCACAGUGUCUAGAGAUACAAAGAGAGGGCCAUCAGCUUCAGAGGAGCAGCCACCACCACCAGCACAGUGCUGAUGAUCUCCAGCUUCAGAACAAAGACCUCAUUUUCAGGAGUCCUGCUUCAUUCACAGAAGAGAGUUUCCAGAAUGACUACAUAGAAAAACUUAAAAUGGCCCAGAAAAAGGUUCUCAAAGAAACCUCCUUUAAAAGAAAAGACUUACAGAUGAGUUUGCCUGUCAGACUGAGACAGAAAUCCUCUAAAAGGCCAUCCAUUGAACACCUUCGGUCUUUCUCGUUAUCCAGUGCAAGUGAGGAUGCCAAACCUGUUCCUUGCUCCCCCUCCCAUCUGGAAUCCUUGGAAAGCUUCAAUAGAAAUGAAGAAAUAAGGAGGCCACAAAAAGGUCAAGCAGGGGGAAGGAAAAGGGUAACCCAAGAGCAAAAGAAACUGUGCUACUCUGAGCCUGAGAAGCUCAAUCACCUAAUGGAUAAGGAAAUACCAUGGAGUCAAGCUAGGGAUGAAACCACUGAGCAAGGCACAGUGGCAUCCAGGAGAAGGGAUCUGGAGAACAGAGGAAAGGCAUUUUCCAGUUCAAGUGUCUCCAGGACAGAGCUGAAACAAAUCCAGCACAGUGCACUGAUCAAAUACAUGGAACGAAAGAUCAGUCAAAGGCCAGGGGGCUCACAACACCUCCCACUGCAGAAGCCACCCCUGCAGGAGAGGCUGUCAAAUCCCAAAGGCCCUCCUGGCCAGAUUUCCAACCCAAAUGGGAGCAGGAAGAUGCAGAAUGAUGAGGUUUUCUGCCAACCUCUCUCUGAACAGAAAUCACCAGAUGUUUUUCCUCCUUUGCCUUUUGCUCCCCCACGGAACGGGAGCAGCAGGUGUGAUCCCAGCCAAGGGGACAGGAGCUGUACCAGCAAGUGUCCAUCUGCUGAAAGUCUCCCACAGGCAGGGGGUUCUGCAUCUGGGAGAGCUCCUGAGAGACCAAAAUCCACUCCUUCUUCCACACAGAUCUCUGGGAUCGCAGCUCCCUCCUCCGAGCCUGGAGAAAACAGCAUUUCCAUCGGAGAUACCCAGUCCUGGAGAGUUAAAAGGAACUCUCUCCUUCCUUACAGUUUCUGUGAUCCUGAGAAAGAUGGACCCAAGAAUGAUGAACAUAAUGACAUAACUGGACGUGGGUGUGGUCAGGAUAAAAAGGAGCAGACGCCUGAAACCCCCAUUCCUGUCCCAGGAGAUGGAAGCAAGGAGAGUGCUGGAGUGGAGGAAGAAUGCAGAACUCAGUCUCUGGGUGGGAGUGCUGCACUCAAGCAUGCAGAGCAGGGGAUGCAUCUGCACACAGCACCAGCUGGGCCUCACCAAGGACACAAACAUCCAGGCAAAGGUCUCCUUGCCCAGGAAACAUCCCUGCACAGCAGCGCUGAUGAUGUUCCCCUGGAGGGAGACACCCAGAGGAGGCUACAGCCUUCUGAGGAGCAGCGGUACCAGGAGCUUGCUCUGGAGAUCAUUGCCAAAGACAGAUCUCUGGUGGGCAUUCUCUUGCCUCAUCCUCUUAGAAAAACUGCCUUGGACCUGAUGGAGGGUUUGUUUCCUGUUAAUAUCUCCAUGCUGGAUAAAUCACGCAGGAAAAGGGGAAAGGCACAGCGUGUGCAGGAGAAUGACAGGAAAAGUCAUGGAGAUGGACCAGAAGAAUGUCCAAAAUCUGAGCAUGAAACCAAGCAAAGGAGCAAAUAUCCUGCCUCUAUGAGAAACCAAGUCCUGAAGAGGAACAGAGACAGCACAAGCAAGCUAGAUGACCUCACAUCUAAGAAACUGGAACUCAUGGCCAGCCUCCAAUCCAGGCUGCAGGCACUGUGGGAGGAGCAGGAGCUGGUUCUCCUGGAAGUCAGGGAAUGUGCCAGGUGGGGCGAGGAGCUGGAGGUGCUGCUGAGGGAGCUGUGCCAGCCGCAGGAGUUUGAGCGCUACCUGAUGUUCAUUGGGGACCUGGAGAAGGUGCUGAGCCUCCUGCUCUGCCUGUCCAGCCGCCUGGCCCGCGUGCAGAACGCCCUCAGCAGGACGGAUGGCAACACAGAGCCUGAGGAGAAGCAAUCGCUGAAUGAACGGCACCAGCUCUUGUCUCGGCAGCGGGAGGAUGCAAAGGACCUGAAGGAGAAUCUGGACAGGAGAGAACGUGUGGUCUCUGGAAUCCUUGCCAAAUACCUGACAGAGCAGCAGCUCCAGGACUAUCAGCACUUUGUUCAAGUCAAGACCUCCUUGCUGAUUGAACAGAAAGACCUCGAGGAGCAGAUUAAAUUUUUCGAAGAACAAUUAGAAAAUCUCGAGCAAAGUAUCCCCAUCUAACACCAGCCCAGACAUUUUUAUAUAUUAUUAAUGGUGUUUCCCUGGAAAUCCACAGGCACUCUCAUCACAGGGCUCAGUUUGGUGGAUUCUUCCAAUCCUGUUUGUGUCACAACGUUGACAAGUGUUCAGAUGUUCUGGGAUGCUCCAGGCACACUCUGGACAUGCCCUCCUCUUGGACAGUGUGUAAGAAACUGCCUUGUGGGCAUGACUGAUAGGAUUCACUGCUCCUAUUAACUGAAUGUGUAUUUCCCCUUCCUCUUGUCUGUCCAUCUGUUUCCACAUUGACAUCAUCUCAAUAAAAGAACCAUACAAAUA